AUGACCCAGGGCGAUAUCGGGAAGUUUUCACCAUUCACCACUGCCAAAGAAAGUACCGUACCAUUACCGUACCGUACCGUAUUGUACCUACCAGUAUCUAUCUACCUAUCUAUCUAUAAGCUUGAUUCUUGUACAUUGCACAAGAGAUUGAGAUACAUUGAGUACCCAGGUAGCGCGAAGAUGGACAUUAUGGAUGAUCGAGCGCAGCAGCACUCUUACAUCAAUGGGCCCAAUCUAGCCCAAAAUCCAGCUCGAACAGUCCCAAUCAUUCAACAACCUACCAUCCAAACUUCUCCCCCGUCUGGCGACGCAAUGGACGUUACACCCGGUACGGCGAUGAUGGGACCUCCUUCAAGGACAAGUCCUGAUAGCGAAGCAAACGGCACACCUGAUCAUAUGAGGGAGGAUCAACCAAGUUCGGGCAGUUUGGCAACGCCUAAUGCAGCUGCCGCUGCUGCAGCUGGAGGAGGAAUCCAACCCAAAGUGGUGCAAACUGCAUUCAUUCAUAAAUUAUACAGUAUGUUGGAAGAUGUUAACAUUCGACAUCUGAUAUCUUGGUCGGCUAGCCAGGACAGCUUUGUAAUGUCUCCCUCUACCGAUUUCUCAAAAGUCCUCUCUGACGUCUUUCAUCAGAAUGCGCCAGAGACUCCGCUCUGGGAGUUCAAGCACGGGCAAAACAGCUUUAAACGUGGCGAUGUGGUCGGUUUAAGAGAAAUCAGACGACGGGCUUCUCGACAAUCUCUCGUUCACCGAGAUUCAUACUCUGCUCCAAAACCAGCGCUUUCGCAACCUGGAACUCCGGGCGAACCAGUACUACCGAUCCAGGAGUCAACAGAGUCUAGAUUAACAUACUUGGAACAUGGUCUAUUUGAGAUGCAUGCUAAAAACACGAGAGAUGCCGAGAGUCAACAUUUUUUCCACGUUAGACAUCAGGUUUUGAUGGACACUUUAGCUCGUGUCCUCCAGUUGAAUCUCGAAAUGUCUAGAAUGAUGCUCUCUUUGGCUAGUCCAGAAUCAGGUGUUCAUCGUGAUGUUAUUGCUAUGCAGGGGGAAAUCCAAAGACACAUGGAGACCAUCACCAGAGGCAUGGAAGAUCCUAACGAGCCCCCUCUCUCAAGUAGCCGUCCGUAUUUCUCAAACUUGACGUUGGAUAAUCCUCCAUCACCUCGACAAAUGCCCCAAGAUGAACCUCGUCGUUCAUCAUUCCUUGGAGUCCCUCCUCGCCAGAAUUUCCAUCGUCCUCCCAUUCCAUCUCAUUUAUCUCUCGCUGCUCGUAGAGGAUACGGCUCGAUUGGAGGCGCGGCUACUGGACAAUCCUCGCCAAGUUCACUCAGGCCCCAGGCACCACAACCCCCUCCUCCGCCCCACCCACUCGCUAACGCAUCAUCACCACCAAAUAUGUCACGCCGCCACACUUCUGCUGAUAUUCGUAAUGUAGGGGGAUGGCAACCCACUUCCUCUCCCUAUGCGUCCGGCCAAUCAUCAUCACAAUAUCCAUCAUCCCCCAAAAGAACAGCAGCACACAUAGUCAGCGAGGACCAGCGAAUCCGUGACAGUUUCAGCAUGUAUUCACUCUCUGGGGCAACGCAUGGGCAUAGCAUGUCUCGCCCUGCCACCCCUCCUUCAUAUACAAACGGGAAUGGAACAGAAAAUCUCAACAACUGGUCGUGGAGCGGAGCCAGGGACAAAGGGUUAUCAAGUCUCUUUAGAGACAGCUCCGGACCUCCUACCCGACGAGGAAGCAUGGCACACAUAUUAAAUCCAGCAGAAACGGCAGAAAGCGCAGAGGAACACGAGGAGGAUAUGCUUCGGGAAGAAGACCGCAAGCGAAAACGUCUUCAAUAG